AUGGAAGGUUCUGUUGAAUUUACUGCUGAUGGAAUUUUUCGCAGAUUAGCUAUCCUAUUAGCAAAGCAUAAUAUCUCUCUCAGCACAGGGGAAAGUGACGAAAUAUACAACUUAAUUGUGUAUAGCUUUUGUUUAGGCUAUACAACAUCAAAGGAGAAUGGAAAAACUGCAAUACAAGUUGGAAUGGAAAAAAUCCCUCAUUACAAGCGCGAUAAGCUCAAAGAUAUACUCAUACAGACAUCCAAAGAGAUUCACUCAAGUAUUAUGGCGCGCUUCUCUACGUUCAGCAUGCCUUACGCUAGUGUCGCUCUAGACGAAGGUACCACACAGAAGAGAUCUUUACUCGACUUUGUGUUGGAAAAUCCUUGCUUUCCAAUUCAGUCUUAUCCAGCCCAUACAGAAAGAAUGACUGGAUUGAAGACUGCCAACUACACACUCGCGAUCAAUAAUGGAUUGAAGGCAAUCCAUGAUUGUCACGUGCAGAUCGGCU